CUUCCUGCAGCCAAUCACAGUUCUGCUUUAACCAGUUUAAUAAAGUUCCUUUUUUUCAAUUUAGGUUUCGAGGAAACGGGCGUCUUGUUCUCGGUGCUAAUUAUGUGGGUGAACAAACCAGCUCUGCCUAUGUGGAACAUACAUCGGCUUAAAGUCAGAGAGACGAGCAGUCUUUUGUAAGAAAAGAAGAUGUAUCUAUGGCGCUUUUCUAUCGCCAUAACCCUCGGUUUGAUGUGGUAUUUUUCAGACUGUGGUCGCACAGUGACACAGUACUUUUUAUGUUUCCUCUUUUGUUUUUCUACUCCACUGUUAUUCGGAAACAGUGGACGAGAGAGUAGCACUCAGACUGAUGAAGAGACGAAGGAAGACCCACUCCAGGAAACUGUUGACAGAGAGUUGUUGGGUGACUUGACAGAUGGAGGAAGCAGCAAACAGGCUGAACCACUGGACUCUCAGUACCAACGUGUAAAAAUGUCUCUACAGCGAGUGUUUGAGUGUGCGUACGCCCAGCUGAUCCUCCCUUGGUACGGCCUUCCUGAGCCACGCAAGAACCAGCCUCUGUACCAGGUGCUCAGCAGAGAGUUUGACUUCGUAAUCAACCGGAUCAUUGGGAGAGCCAAAGACUUUGAUGUUUCCCAGGCUAUCGUGGGCUCCGUUCGUAUUUUGACCCAGCAUUUGCAUAAUGCGAAGCAGUCUGACAGAGAGCUCUUGUUCAGCUCCAGAGCAGAGGAGAUCGCAGUUCUCCGAGAGUUUUCUGACGCUCUAGUACGUAACGUUUUACCCGAAUCUCUCUGUGACCUAGAAGUCAACCGCUGUGCCUUAAAUGAGGUUGUUGCCUUAAAGGGAUUGGGCCUGUUGGUGAAAUGGCUGUCAGACCCCGACAACCUGAACCAGCUGGUGGUGAGCCAGCUGGACAGCGUGACCCCCAAAGGCUCUGUGGAGGAUCUGUGUGGAUCAGACCCGGAUCAAACCUCUCUGGCUUCACAGGAGGGCGAAGGCGAGGGCAAGGGCAGUGAAGUGAGCUUGGAGGGAGCAGGGAUUUCAACCAGCACCAGGAUCAAGGCCAAAAGGAAAGCUAACAAGUUAAAAGAAGGAUGGUCUAAAUUUGUGGACAAGGUGAAGUCUAAGAAGGCCACGAAGAAGAAGAUCAAAAAUAUGGAGCAGGGGAGCAGCAACGAGAACGAUGUCAGCAGCAGGGAGGGCUCCGUUAACAGCCAGCAGGACUCUGACAGGGAGGACGAUGAUCUGGAGAACUACUUGACAAGCGUCCAAGAGGACAUGAUGGAAUUCAAGCUGUCGUAUGAGAUGUGGCGUGUUGGCCGCUGGGCUGUCAGCGUCCCUCAUGCCGACUGGGAUGAUGAGAAGCUAAUCUUCACCGUUCAUCUGGAGGAGAAGGGCAGCCCUGAGAACCUACAGUGGGACAUCAGGAAGACCUACAUGGAUGUUAUAUACUUCCGCAACACAUGGCAGGACUCGACCAACCUGCCCACGAUCCUGGUGCUGGAGGAGUCGGAGGUCAACGAUGAGCUUGAAGAAGAAGCCAGAGUAUCAGUGGAGCAUUUCCUGCAGGAGUUAGUUUCUGAUAAUCUGAUUGGCCACACUCAACCGGUUUUCCAGUUCCUCUGCCCAUUUGACAAACUGCUGAAUGAGGAGGACCAUUAUGAAGGCGUGUGGGGCCUUCUGAGCAGCUUGGCUUACUUCUUGACUCCAGGUCAAGAGGAAGACGAGAGCUCGAGCCCUCAGACAGAAGCCCCAAAAGAAAUCAUGACACCAUCUCUACAUCCAGAACUGACAGCUCUGCCUUUAGAAAAACCUGGUGCCUCUACUGAGAAGGGCAAUGAUGUUCCCAGUGCUUCAAUCCCAACUAUUGUUAUCUCCCAAUAUAAUUCUUCUUCAGAACCGCCUGAGGAUGCAGAAACCGAAAAGGAACCACAGUCUGCUGCUAACUCGGACUCUUCAAACGAAAACUGUUCCCGAGACAUAACAGAAGACUCUGAUAGUCCUUUAACCUCUCACUUUAAAAUUAUUUUCAAAGGACUGACCCGUUCCAGGUCACAAGAGUCUCUGGUCUCGACAAGAAACGGCAGUGAUGAAGACCCGCCUGAUUCAGACUCCACGCCACACAGCAGCCAAAUCAGAGGCGUGCAGAGGGAGAUCGCAGAAGGCCCGACUUGGCUUCAUUCCAGUGUAAGGUCAAAUAAAAAGGAGAACAUAUGUUUCAAGAUGUCAAGUGGAGUGAACAAGGCUAAAGGGAAGCAUCAGGGCACUUCACCAAGAGGGGAGAACUCCCACUGUCAGAAGAGCCAAGUCGGCAGGGAGCAGCUGGAGGCGACCAAAGCCAUAUUCGAUCUACUGAAAGAAAUAUCUGGGAACUCCAUCCUUGUAAACAUAUUUGAUGCCAUUUUGAAACCUGUUAUGCCCAUCCUAAAAAAAAAAGUGAACUCUUUCCUAAACAAGAUGAACCCGACAGAAGUGCAGAUAGCCGCAUACAUCGACACCUUGCGUGAAAAACAGUGGCCAGAUUUUCAACCCGCAGCGCCUCCUCCUCCUCCUCCUCCUCGCACCGAUGAGGAGAAGAACAAGACCAGGGAUAGAGCGCACAAUCUAAUCAAUGCCAGAUAUUCAAACUAUCUUAUCCUGAAAAAGACAGAUAUGGAGUCUGUUUUUAAUAUUUUCCAGGAUGGUGAAAAAAACAAAAUGCUGGUAUAUAUGCUCCUGUCAUUCCUAUUAAGGGAAUUCUUUCCCAAUGAGCAUUCCCUAAAUGUGAGCGCCGCUGCCCUGCAGAAAGUGACCAACUCCACCAACUGAUCUGAAUCCUUGGUUGUGUUUUUAAUGGUACUUUUUUGACAUUUUUUAAAACAUCAAAUUACUGUAUUUAUUAAACAUCUGAAAAUGC